AUGUCUAUCAAGAUUGACAAGAUCCUUGCGGCAUCGCCCAACACGGAACGUGGACGACCAACUCAACUCUCCACCGAUCCCAAAGGAGAGCGCAUAGCAUAUGCCUCUGGCAAAUCCAUUUUUCUUCGGUCACUCGACGAUCCCUCCCUUAGCAAACAAUACACAAACCACACAGCCCAAACAACUGUAGCACGUUUCUCGCCCUCCGGUUUCUACGUUGCCUCAGGAGAUGUCUCCGGCGCAGUUAAAGUAUGGGAUGCAGUCGAAGGUGUCAAUACCAAAGGCGAUUACCAUAUUAUCUCUGGCCGAAUCAAUGACAUAGCUUGGGACGGCGACUCUCAACGCAUCAUCGCUGUAGGAGAUGGACGAGAGCGUUUUGGCCACUGCAUAACAGCCGACAGUGGAAACUCGGUGGGUGAAAUUAGCGGCCAUUCUUCUGCCAUUAAUACUGUCUCCAUUCGGCAGCAGAGGCCACUGAGAGCUGCUACUGGGGCGGAUGAUAGUUCUAUGGUGUUCUUACACGGAGCACCAUUUAAGUUUGCUACGAAGAUGGGCGGCUUGCAUAAAGGAUAUCUGUAUGGGGUAGGCUUCUCGCCAGAUGGUAAUCACCUUGUAAGUGUGGGUGCAGACCGUAGAAUUCAGCUUUAUGAUGGAAAGACUGGAGAGGCGACGGUGAACAUUGGAGAUGGGGAGCACAAGGGUAGUAUUUUUGGGGUGUCGUGGGCGAGAGACUCGAAGAGGUUUGCCACAGCUAGUGCGGAUCAGACAGUCAAGCUUUGGGAUGUUGAAGCUGGAAAAGCUGUUCAGACAUGGCGGUUUGGCGGAGAAGGCACUGUCAGUAUUCCGGACCAUCAAGUUGGUGUAGUAUGGCCUGCCGGACGGAGUGAUGGGAUGGUUGUCAGUCUCAACCUGGCUGGUGAUCUUAACUAUCUUGUUGAGGGGAGUCAGAAACCCAUAAAGGUUGUUCAAGGACACAACCGGAGCAUUACUGCUUUGGGCUCAAGUGGUGAAGGGAAGAACCAAACCUUUUGGACGGGCAGUUUUGAUGGUCGUGUUUGUUCAUGGGAUACAUCGUCUGGGAUAGCUACUGCCGUCGAAGGUCAAACUCAUUCAAAUCAAGUCACCGCUUUCGAUACAACUUCAAGCAGAGCGUAUAGUGUCGGGUGGGAUGACACACUGCGGAUUGCGGAUACAGCUAGCAACACAUUCCUCGGCGAAACCUCCGAACUAUCAGCUCAACCCAAGGGACUGGCUUCAGCUGGUGGACGAGUAUACGCAGCCACUGUAUCAGGGAUCGAUAUCUUUGCCAAUGAUGCCCUAGUUGGAGGCCUAACCACAAAAGAUUUCACACCUACGACCAUUGCAGCUUCCGGAUCUUGGGUAGCAGUAGGAGAUGACGCUAAUGUUGUCCAUAUCUACACAGCAGAUGGCGAUAAGAUAUUCCCCAAAGAGAAGCUCGUGCUUUCCACUGCACAAAUAACGGCACUGAAGUUUUCGCCCAAUGGAGCCUUCCUAGCAGCAGGAAACUCUUCAGGCAAGAUUAUCGUCUACGACACCAGUUCUUGGGAGGUCAAGACCGACAGGUGGUCAGCUCACUCAGCGAGAGUAACCAGCAUUUCUUGGAACGCUGAGAGUACACUUGCUGUAAGCGGCGGUCUUGAUACGAAUGUUUUCGUGUGGAGCCUCAAGGCGCCUGGAAAAAGAGUAAAGGUGCCGAAUGCUCACAAGGACGGUGUCAAUGGCGUUUGCUGGGUGGAUGGGGAUAAAAAGGUUGCCAGCACAGGUGGGGAUGCGGCUUUGAAGAUCUGGGAUGUCUCGGGAAUCGAGUAG